AUGCCUUCGGAUUUGGGUAUUGAUGAAGUGUUGCAGCAUGUCCAAAGUACAAUUUCUACUAAACAAAACCUCGAUUUGCUCAAGCCUUAUAUGAAGGAUGAAAUUUUUGCGGCUCUUAAUCAAAUGCACCCUUGCAAAGCUCCCGGACCCGAUGGUAUGCAUGCAAUUUUUUAUCAGAAAUUUUGGCAUAUUGUUGGUGAUGAUGUAACUAGUUUUGUUAGUGACAUUUUGCAUGGUUAUUCAUCUCUUGACCUUGUAAAUAGAACUAAUAUUGCCUUGAUCCCAAAAGUAAACGAACCAAAAACUACUGCAGAGUUUAGACCCAUAAGUCUUUGUAAUGUCCUCUACAAGCUUGUUUCGAAGGCCCUUGUGAUGAGAUUAAAAUUAAUUUUGCCCGGAAUUGUUUCUGAGAACCAGAGUGCUUUUGUUCCGGGGAGAUUAAUUACUGAUAAUGCGCUGAUUGCAAUGGAAUUAUUUCACACCAUGAAGAAAAGGAGUAAGGGUCGAAAGGGUACGAUAGCACUAAAAUUGGACAUGAGUAAGGCUUAUGAUAGAGUGGAAUGGGGGUUUUUGCAUGAUAGUAUUCUUUUUGCUAGAUCUAACCGACGGGAAUGCGAAGCCAUAGUUGAUAUUCUCAACAAGUACGAAGUAGCAUCUGGGCAGAAAAUUAAUUAUGAAAAGUCGGAAGUUUCUUUUAGCAAAGGUGUUAGACAAGGGCAAAGAGAUGAAUUGAUGAGUGUUCUGAAUAUGCGACAGGUUGAUAGACAUGAGAAGUAUCUUGGAAUUCCUACGGUGGUUGGUCGUUCAAAAAAAGCAAUUUUUGCGGCUAUUUUGGAUAGAAUGUGGAAAAAGCUCCAGGGAUGGAAAGAGAAACUUUUAUCUCGUGCUGGGAAGGAAGUACUUUUAAAGGCAGUCAUCCAAGCUAUUCCGACAUAUUUGAUGGGAGUUUAUAAAUUUCCAUGCUCAGUUGUUGAGAAGAUUGGAAGUGCGAUGGCUAGGUUCUUUUGGGGUCAAAAGGGAAUGAGACGAAAGGUUCAUUGGCGGAGUUGGGCAGCAAUGUGUACUCCUAAAUGCCUUGGAGGGAUGGGGUUUCGUGACUUGAGUGUCUUUAAUGAUGCUCUCCUUGGUAGGCAAGCGUGGCGUCUUGUUUUCAAGGAUGGCUCUCUCCUUAGUAAGGUCAUGAAAGCAAAGUACUACCCGAAUUGCGAUUUCCUAGAUGCAUCUCUUGGCUAUGCGGGUAGUUACUCAUGGAGGAGUAUAUGGAGCUCAAAAUCGUUGGUUAAAGAAGGAGUUAUUUGGCGCAUAGGGAAUGGUUCGACGGUAAACGUGUGGAGGGAUCCAUGGGUUGCGGAUGAGCUUGGGAGAUUCAUUACAUCCAAGCCUUGUGAAGGUAUUAACCAGGUUAGUGAUUUAAUUGAUUUUAGUCGCUUUGAGUGGAAUGAGGACUUGAUUUCUGCUCAUUUUAAUGAGAGGGAUCAAAAGUGUAUUCUUACUAUUCCACUUAGUUUGAGGGAGCCUAAGGAUUUGUUAACUUGGGCUUUUUCAAAUGAUGGGUUAUAUUCUACCAAAACUGCUUACAUGCUUGGCAAAGGUUGUAAUAUGGAUGAUUUUCACCGUGUUUGGAGGACCAUUUGGGGCUUAGAAGUAACUCCUAAAGUUUGA